AGGGGAGAACAACAACUCCCAGAUAAACCAGACACUAAACUGGUUACGUAAUGACCCCUCGGCUCUGCUAUCGCCGCCUCUCACCUUCUGUUUGCUAAAUAGCUAUCUGUUCGUGAAAGUGGGUGUAAUGGAUAGAUGCCGACAGUAACCUGAGCGAAAUAACGAGCCUGGCAAAAAUACAGCCCCGCUUAGAACCGCAACCAUGUUUGGCCGGUCGCGGAGCUGGGUUGGAGGACAGGGGAGAACGAAAAACAUCCACUCCUUGGACCAUUUGAAGUAUAUGUACCAUGUCCUGACCAAAAACACCACAGUGACAGACCACAACCGAAACCUUCUAGUGGAGACCAUCCGCUCCAUCACAGAGAUCCUCAUCUGGGGAGACCAGAAUGACAGCUCUGUGUUUGACUUCUUCCUGGAAAAGAACAUGUUUGCCUUCUUCCUGAACAUCCUGCGUCAGAAGUCAGGGCGCUAUGUGUGUGUCCAGCUCCUCCAGACCCUCAACAUACUGUUUGAGAACAUCAGUCAUGAGACUUCCCUGUAUUACCUGUUAUCGAACAACCACGUGAACUCUAUCAUCGUACACAAGUUUGACUUCUCAGACGAGGAGAUCAUGGCCUACUAUAUCUCCUUCCUCAAGACCCUUUCACUCAAACUCAACAACCAUACUGUGCACUUCUUCUACAAUGAGCACACUAAUGACUUUGCCCUGUACACCGAGGCCAUUAAGUUUUUCAACCACCCUGAAAGCAUGGUCCGCAUCGCAGUCCGCACCAUCACACUCAACGUCUACAAAGUUUCAUUGGACAACCAGCACAUGCUGCACUAUAUCCGAGACAAGACAGCAGUCCCGUACUUCAGCAACUUGGUCUGGUUUAUUGGCAGCCAUGUUAUCGAACUGGACAAGUGUGUACAGACGGACGAAGAACAUAAGAACAGAGGGAAGUUAAGCGACCUGGUAGCGGAGCACCUUGACCACCUCCACUACCUGAACGAUAUCCUCAUCAUCAACUGUGAAUUCCUAAAUGAUGUUCUGACUGACCACCUCCUCAACCGUCUGUUCCUGCCCCUCUAUGUCUACUCUUUGGUCAGCCCCGAGACGUCUGAAGAGCGCAAGAUCAACCCUCAGGUGUCCCUUUACCUGCUUUCUCAAGUUUUUCUGAUCAUCCACUAUGAGCCAAUGGUCAACGCCCUGGCAAACGUCAUUCUCAACGGAGACCUGUCUGUCUUCACCCCUCAGACAGAUAUACACAGCACGCACAAGAGCACGGCCAGUGCAGGAGGUGUGCGUCGGUUCACAAAGCCCCCGGAGUCUCUGGAGCGCUCCCUCGAGCUGUCCCGCCACCGCGGCCGCAAGAGGACACAGAAGAGGCCAAACUACAAAAACCUGGGCGAGGAGGAGGACGAUGAAAGGGCUGGGGCAGGGGGAGGAGGCAGCGGAGGAGGAGGAGCAGGAGGAGGAGGAGAGGAGGGCUGGGACGACGAUAGCGGCAGAGGAGGAGAGAGGGAGGGAGGCCGAGAGAGGGAGAAGGGAAAAGGUACAGAGGGAGUAGGAGGAGGAGGAGGUGGUGGGAGUUCUAAGGGAAGCAGAGCGAGUGGGGAGACAGCGGAAGAGAUAGAGAUGGUGGUGAUGGAGAAGUGUAAGGUGUCAGAGCUGACGGAGCAAAACAUCACUGAUGAGGAGAAGACUGCUGCAGCCACCCGAACACACACACAGAGGAGCAGGCCGUUCUUAGACAUGGUGUACAGUGCUCUCGACUGCACCAACGAUGACUACCACGCGCUUUUCGUCCUUUGUCUGCUUUAUGCUGUCUCACACAGCAAAGGAAUAAACCGAGAUCUUCUGGAGCGUCUGCAGUUGCCAGUUCCCGACCAGGAGAAGAGCUCUUACAGCCUGGUGCUGGCAGAGAGACUGAUCAGGGUUAUGAGCCAGGCUGCACAGCCAGAUGGAAAAGUGCGUCUAGCUACACUGGAGCUGAGCUGCCUUUUAUUAAAGCAGUCGGUGCUGUCUGGAAACCACUGUAUAAUCAAAGAUGUUCAUCUGGCCUGCCUUGAGGGUGCUAGAGAAGAAAGUCUGCACUUACUGAGGAGAUUCUACAAAGGCGAGGAGAUCUUUCUGGACAUGUUUGAAGAUGAGUACAGGAGCAUGACGAGUAAACCGCUGAAUGUGGAGUAUCUGAUGAUGGAUGCCUCAGUGCUGCUGCCACCCACCGGUACCCCUCUGACGGGUAUCGAUUUUGUCAAAAGACUUCCCUGUGGGGACGUGGAGAAGACGCGCAGGGCGAUCCGUGUGUUCUUCAUGCUGAGGUCCUUAUCGCUUCAGCUUCAGGAGGAACCUGAGACACAGUUGCCUCUGACCAGACCUGAAGACCUCAUAAAGACAGAUGACGUGUUAGACCUCAAUAACAGUGACCUCAUAGCCUGUAUGGUGGUCAGUAAAGAUGGCGGCCAGGCCCAGAGAUUCCUCGCCGUAGAUGUGUACCAGAUGAGUCUGGUGGAACCGGAAACCAAACGGCUCGGAUGGGGUGUCGUCAAGUUUGCCGGCCUUCUGCAAGACAUGCAGGUUUCUGGCGUUGAGGACGACAGCAGAGCACUGAACAUCGUCAUCCACAAGCCCAGCUCCAACCCCCAUGCCAAGCCCCUGCCCAUCCUGCAGGCCAACUUCAUCUUCGCUGACCACAUCCGCUGCAUCAUCGCCAAGCAGAGGCUGGCCAAGGGUCGCAUCCAGGCCCGACGCAUGAAAAUGCAGAGGAUUGCAGCUCUGUUGGACCUCCCUGUGCAGCCCAGUGCAACAGAGGUGUUGGGUUUCGGCCAGACAGCCAACGCUUCACCCAGCGGCCUGCCUUUCCGGUUCUACGAGCAGUCGAGACGGGCGCCCAACGACCCCACCGCCAAUAGAUCAGUCUUCGCCUCUGUGGAUAAAGUACCAGGUUUCGCAGUGGCUCACUGCGUGUCGCAGCACAGUCCCUCGCCCCUCUCCUCCCCCUCACCUCCCUCCAGUGGGAGUGGGAGCACAGGAAGAUGUGACUCUGUUACUGCGAGCACUAUAUCAGCCCAGAGCCCCACAGAUGAUGGUACAUUUUUGGAGCACACCCCGCCCUCCUCCUCAGGCGGAGAAGGCGAAGGAGGAGGUGGAGAAGUAACGCUUGUCUCCUCGGUCGCAGCUCCGACGCUGGCCCCGAGCCUCACCCCGGCUUCCCAGCCCACCAUCUCCCUCCUCACAGACAACAGUGCAGACUCUCUCAGCGUGGAGUCGCUGACGCUGCUGCCCCCUUCAGACUCGCCGCACCUGCACCCCUGCGCCAGCCACGCUCCCACGACACACUCUCUACAGAGACCAGACGCCUCCAUCGCAGAGGAGGAGGAGGAAGACGACGGAGAGCCAAGAAAAGAGGAGGAGCUGCAAGAGGAAGACGGGUCGCCAACCGAUGAGACGGAGACGGAGACGGUAAAAGAAACCACGACAACAGAGCUGGUCACACCCACUGAUGAGGCGCCAGAGGUGCCAGAGGGUGGAGAUGAGCCCGAGGGUGGAGAUGAGCCCGAGGGCGAAGACACACUUCUGGAUGUGAACAGAGACCAAGAAAGACGCAACUCGUCAGCCACAGAGAAAACAGAAGAUGCAGAGACACGCAGUGAAACGCCAGAUUCUCCUGAGCUGGAUUAGUCACCACACACAGUCAUGCUCAUGCACUUAAACUCACCUCUCUAAAACACACACACAAACACACACACACAGUGAAGUGUGAUAGUUAAACUAUCCAGCUUGGCUGCAGUAUAUUUUCAUGUCGCUACCUGCAGGUAGUGUGUGAUGUGAAUAGUUUAAGGGGCUUUUGGAGGCAUCUCAGCAUUUGUGUUUGCACAUGAAGAAAGACUCUCUUUACUCACACAGAGAGGACGGAGGACGAGACAGACGCCGGGCCAACUCAAGGAAGGCUUUAAAGCACAUCUGGGUUCCUGCGAGUGUGUCUGGUCAUUUUUUUUAGCAGGCGUGUGUAAAGACGCGCAACCAGCAACGUUUUUUACUCAUUCUGAUCGAUUGUCUGUCAGCUCAAACACACACACACACACACACAUACGCGGCUGCUGUGAGCUGUUCAUCUGCAUACUAUUUUUACGUCUUAAGUUGGUGGUGCUCACUUCUGUGCUAACAGUACACACAGUUGCACUUGCCUUUUAACCACUUGCAUGUCAGACCUGUCAGCUGUCAGUUACUGCCACACAGAACUGCCCUCAGACAGGUGUGUGUGUGUGGGGGGGCUCACAUGGCUGCAUACAUGUUCUAAAUUUUGUUCAGUUCGUAUUGUUCCACAUUUAAGUGACGGACCGUUUGUUUUCCUGCUCACUAUUCAGUGUAACAUAGCUUUAAUCUGCAGCAUCUUGAGCAAGGAGGGAGCAGGUCUCAUGCUGCAAACAUUCAUUUGAUGUUAUUGUGGCAUCAGAGCUCAUAGCUAAUCCUUUUAAUCAGUGAACAUCUUUGGUGGGGUGUGUGAAAACCGCUUUUUUGAUUUGCACGCAGUCAGUUUCCACCAUAGUAACUGCUGCUCUCUUGAGCUAACGAGGUAGGACAGUAAGCAGUGAAACAAAACAGUUUUUUCUUUUUAAUCAGAUAUGCAACAGUCAUCAACAAACUUUGACCUUGUUCGAUUAGAUUAUAUCUUAACCUCCAUUUCCAGAUCAUUAACUUCUUAAAUCUAUUCUGUGGUCCAUAACCUGCAGGGAUUAGAUAAUGUGUUUAUGCACACAGGUGAUUCAUCUGACUGACCGAAUGAAUGAACAAUCUGAAUGGAAUAAAGGCUGCUGAAUAAGUGAGUGAAUAAUUAAUACAUGAGCAUCUCUCAGUCCAUUCAUUCUCCACAUGAAGCUUUUCAGCCCAUAGCAACACAGAUGUGCUGCUGUUUUACUGAACUAAACAUAGUCAUCAAUGAUAUAGUUAGAAAAAUAGAUAAAAAGUAAACAAAAUGAUUAGUUGAAGCUUUGAUAGCCUCACAGAGUGAUGCAGGAUGACAUAUCAGUUAGUUUAGACGUGUUAAAUGGAUUAACACGCUCGUCUUCAGGUCAGAACAUCACAACAGCGCUGGGCUGAAUGUACCUGCCAGCUGCCGCUCAGGCGCUGACCUGAGCUCAGUUUCUACUCGCCACGUAAAUUGAUCAAUGCGCUCAACACUCCUGUAGCUGGUGGUAAGAAUAACUUUUCCACUCAACUACUGGUGAACUAUAAAAUACCCUCUCUCCAGGAAAAGUCUAAUCUGGUUAAUUAACCCCCAAAAAACCUAAAUGAUAGUGAAACACCUUGAAAAAAUUCAACUGUUACCAAGAAACAAAAGCACUCUUAGAAGAACAACAUUGCGUUUUCUUCCCACAGUGCUCUGAGUUGAGUGUACAAGGGCCAAACCCUGCUCGCCCUCCUCCUCCUUUAAUCACCUGAAUACUGCAAUAAUCUUAAGAGCUAACCAAUGAGGGGAGAGGUGAAUGUAACAGACUCCUUGUCUCUCCAAAUGGCAGUGAUCAAUUUGAAUGGGAUCAGUGUGUUUUAUCCUCAAUUCACGACUUGGUUCGUAACCAUCUAAGCAGUCUUUUCUCUCUUAUCUCGUCAUCCUUUAUUAAAACCCGAGCUUUUCUCUUCUGCCUUCGCUUCUUCGACUCACGCUUUCUUCUUUUCUGUGCCAUUGUCACACACACAGCUGAAGUCUUAACGCUCGAUCAUUCUUAUUUUUUAACUCUGUACAGUCAUCGAGUUUGUAAAGGAGAAAUUCAGAGCAAUACUCUUUUUUUUUUGAGUCAGUCUCUUAGUAUUUCCAUCUCGCUUCUGUAAAUAGCAGAAGAAUGAUAGUGGUGAUGAUGAUGAUGAUUACUGAAGAGGCUCAGGCAAAAUUUGUAGAGCGGCCUCCGGUGAAGACAACAUGGCGGCACGUCGCCUGUAGCCGUUGGCUGCCUCUAUCUAAACUUGCUGUGACAAGCUUCUGUUACUUAGUCAUUGAUUGUAGUGUGGGUGUAUGUAAUAUGUUUGUAUGCUCUGUAAAUGCUCUCAGCUUUUAAACCUGUAAUUAUUGUUAAUGAACUGAAAGAGAGGAAUAAAUAAAGAACUGCAAUAAAUUAUUCUACUUAACAACAGU